AUGGGCAUCUUUUCAUUCAAGCGCGGGUCUGACAAGAAGAAGAAGGGAAAAGCCAAGGAAGAAGAUGUCGAGGUAGAAAAGGACAUAUUCAACCAAGCCUUCCUCGGCGACGACCCAUAUAUGAGAGGCAAAGGCAGCACGACCCAAAUCUUUGCGGGCACCGAAUUUUUCCCCGAGCGCGCGGCCACGCCGUUAUCUCGCCCCGACUCACAGCAAAAUUCACCGCCCGGCGCGCGCGGGAUUUUCUCAAAAAAGCUGAGCGGCAGCGCAUUUCACGCACCGUCUCGCCCCUGGACUUCGGGCAAUGGCGCGCCUCAGCAGCGGACCGGCACCUUUUCUGGUAUGAGUGGCCCCGAGAGCAGUGGAAGCGGUGAUGGCUUUUUCAGCUCAAGUCGAUUGCCUCUCGACGGCGACGUCCGGCCAAGCACAUCCCAUGGUCCGGGCUCGAAACCGUGGGCGCACAGCCACUCAUUCAGUGCUCAGUUCGGCCCGGCGGCUGGCAACCGGCCGGAAACACCACAAGGAACGGCAGCUGCAGGUCCUUCCAAUGCGGCCGCAUCUACCGACGUGCGGUCUGGCACUAACUCGCCAACACGGUCAGGCUUGCACAAUUCACAGAGCCUGAGCGAUAACAACAUGUCCACCUCAUCCUCAGCACCCACGGAUACGGAUGCGACAGAAUCGUCAGUCCAAGGCUCCUCAAAUGACGACCGGAGAGCUGCCUCGCCGCCCUCCACUGUAUCAAACCAAUCCCCACCUUCCAUGUCACCAGAGCCCGUGUGGCCUCUGCAAAGCAGCAAACAGUCAUCUGCCGAUGGCAGGGCCAGUGGUGGUAUGCUCAACCAGUCCACUAGCUUUGGCGACGAAGCGCAGUUAGCAAUCAACGAGGCUGCCAAUCGCGCUACUCCGCCACAGUCGGAAAUCCUUGUGCCGGCACCGCUGAGCACACGUUCUCGCGAUGCUACACCAACCGGGCCUGGCUACCAAGAAGCCCGUGUACGCAAGGCCAAAGAUGCUGCUCUGCAGAGGGAUCUUGCCAUUGAAGUGCCCAAGCGGCGCAGCUGGGGUGCGCAAAUCGACCAGCUGGAGAAAUCGUGGAUAGGGGAACAGCAGAGCCCUGGUGGAAGCCGCCUUCCGCCGCGGCAAAAUGGUCCGCCGCACCCGCAGUCCGCGCCUUAUUACCAACAACAUCACCAUAUGUACGACCAGCGGCCAAACCAUCCUCACCAGUUCCCUCCCUCCCAGCGCACGCAUCAGAACGACCGCCCGUACGACCCUCGGCACGACGACCCCCGCUACGACCCCCGCCAAGAUCCUCGGUAUGACCCACGCUACAGGACUGAAAGCAACUAUGAUCCUCGGCGCCAGCAGCAGCCCUACUCGCCAGGCUACGGACCUCGCAGCCAAUCCUCACAGGGCCAUUAUACCAACGGGCCCGACUCGCGCGACCGGUAUUACAGCAACAUCAGCGACGGCAGCCCGUACGCCAUGGGCCGUUUCGACAGGCAAUUGUCGUCAUCUAGCAUGCCCAGGCCGCCCACUCGGCCUGCAUCAGCCGGCCGCGACGGUCCGCGCCGCAUUGGCAGCGAUUUUGAUCUCCAGCAGGGCCGCAUUCCCUACGGUAACCCGCCCAAGGCGCUGCGCAGUACCAAAUCCAUGCAGCAGCUUCCGCGGAGCCCCAGAGACUAUCCCAGCAUGAGAAGUCCUUCGUCUCCUCAAGGGCAUCCUCCGUACCUGUCUCGCGGCGGUUCCAUGACACCAAACCAGUUCAGAAGCCCACCACCCUCUGUGCGGAGCCCACCAGGGAACAUGCGGAGCCCGCCCUAUGCCAUACCCCACUCAAGCUCUGGCGGUGAUGUUGGGCCACGGUUCGCUGGCAAUGGACCAGUUCCGCGAACACGGGCACCGCAGCCUAUGGGAGGAGACUCGGGUCCUUCGUACCGGGACCCAUCACAGUAUGGUCCUCUCAGAAGCCCUCUUGGCAGCCCUCCUCAUCUCCCCAACAGCUACCCAGAACAUGCGGGAGCGUAUCCAGCCAGCCGCUCUGGCCAAUACCCUGUUGUCGAGAACCCCGUAGCUUACCAGCCGCUGGACCAGCCAGUGGCCGGCGGCUACCAGUCGUUUGGCCCGCCGUUAUCUGGCGGUGAGCGGCGCAACCUGCCGCCCAUGGCCGGUGCCAUGCGACUCCCCAACUCACAGCUGUCAGAGGGCCCGUCCGCGGCCGACCGCCAGCUACCUGAUGUGGCCGAGGUUGUCGAGGAGAGGCCCGCGAGCUCUGUGGGCACCGAGGUCAAGGACUUUGCUAUCCAGGAAGAGGAAGAGCCAGAGACAGUGAGCUAUCCCACGGACACGACUCCGACAACUGCGACUGCGACAAAGACAACAGUGCUCGCGCAGCCCACAAGCAACCCGCCGCGGGGCAACCUGGAUAUGCCACAGUCUCAGUCUACGGGCAGCCUUGACAUGGCGACACUCAACAGCUUCCCACUACCGUCGCGGGAUGCGUCACCGAUCCCACCACUCCACCCACAGUCGCCGGCAGCUGCGUCGACAGUAACGACACGGGCCUUGACACCCAGCUCACCGAUGGGCGCCCGCGAACAGGGUUCCGGGCUGACCGUGUUGAACAAGACCAAGGAUAUCCUCGCUGCCACCUCCCUAUCCAAAGAACCAAUGGCAACACCGGAAGUGGCACCGUUGGAAGAGGUGGCGACGCCAACGGCAACAUCGCCUAUAUCUGUCAAGAGCAGCCCGAUCACGCAAAAGGCUAUGGCUCGCCCGGUGUCGUCUGUCGAGAUGGGUGACACACCGCCAGAGACACCGACAGACCAGAGCUCUGACACGAAGUCUGACUUCACAGAUGCUGACGAGGAAGUAGAGGAGAAGCCAAGUCGUGUCAGCACACCAGUGGUGGCCAAACAAGAGACUUUCAGCCACCCGCAGACACCCGAAAGCAUGAAACUGGUUCGGGAGGACACCAAGCAUAGCCAAGAUGACGACUUUGUGGAUGCGCAGGAGAUAGUUCGCGACGACCGAUUCGGCCAAGAGAACCAAAUCGACCGGAAGAUCCAGGAAAUCCGGCAGAACCAGGAAAACAACGACAAGGUCGUUGAGACCGAAGUCCAACGCCCCAGCCUCGACUCGGAGCCGCCACUCUCGCCUAUUUCUCUGCCAGCUGGGGAUCCCGAGCCGUCACCAACAGCCAACUGGCCUCUGCCUUCUGUUUUCGUGCUGCCACCUGACGAAACUGCCGAGGAUGCCCCUCAGGGUGCCCCUGAGGACGCAGCUAAGGAUGCUCCUGAAGAAACUCCCGAGAAUAUUAUUGAGCAGGUUGUCGAGGCUCCCGUAGCCGCCGAGUCCACAAUCGCCACGCCAGCCACGCCCGUCACGCCUGCGACGCCGAGCUCAGUGAGCAACCAUGGCGAUGACGACGACGAUGCAGCGCGGGAUGAGGACGAGCUAUUCCCAAACGUCAAGGCCUCGCCCACCAAGUCCAAGUCGGCAUUCACUGCCAGCGUGUAUGCGCGUGACAUUGGCCUUGGACCAUACGCGUUUGACGGCGCCGACAUCCUGCAGAACCUUCCGACCGAUGCGCCGUGGGUGCGCCCCAACCGCCUUGACUCGCUCGAAAAGGCACCCCAGCAGAAGCUUGUUCCUAAUCCUGAGCCAGAACCCGCCGCGCCCAGCGCUUCCGUUGAAAUGCCACCCGAAGUGCCACCCGCGGUGCCGCCCAAGGACGUCCCACAAGCCUCGGUGGCUGCGGGGAACACAACGCUCGAGAAGCGGAUGGUCGGCGCGUACCCUGAAACACCGGCAGCUGUCGAGGACAAGCACAACGAUGAUCCCCUCGCCAAGCAGGUCGCCAGUCCGGAGAGUCGGUACAGCUGGGGCGGUGACGAUGCCGGCGGCGGUGUCAACGAAGACGAAAGCGACAACCACCUGCGGCCGGACGAAAAGGACCAAACGGGCGAAGACAACGAAAAGGACAAGGCCGAGGACGGCCUGGGACCACUGCCGGCCGGCCCCAUCGGUGUAGCGCGCGGGCCCUCGAUCCUCCACCUCAACAACGUGGACGGCGACGCGCUGCAUGAACGCAUCAUUGGCGUCGGCGGCGGUGUCGGCAACGGCGCCAGCGCCAUCAAGGGCGAGGGCCCGCCGAAGCUGCCCCUGGGCCACCUGACCUUUGACCGGCACACGCCGACGGACAAGGUGGACAGUUUUGGGACAACGUUUAUUUAG